GUGUUUUUUUUUAACUCGACUUCAUAACGCUUCAGUAAGUUUCCGGUGUCUGAACAGAAACGUUACGAUGUAAUAAUAAAAAUUAUGCUCGAAAGGAAAUUGGUCAAAGAAACAUAGAAUUUUAAAACAUGCGGGUGCUUCUACUGCUAUUUGCAUCUUUCCCGCUCUUUUACUUUACGUUGUCACAGACUACACAAAAUAUUAACAUAUUGUUAAUUAACGAAGAAAACAAUGCAUUAGCUGAAAAAUCUUUCGAAGUAGCCAAGGAGUAUGUACGACGCAAUCCAACUUUAGGCUUAGCCAUAGAUCCAGUGGUCGUUGUUGGAAAUCGUACUGACGCCAAGGCUUUUCUAGAAAAUGUUUGUAGAAAAUAUAACGAUAUGCUAUCUACACAAAAAACCCCUCAUGUUGUACUCGAUUUUACAAUGACUGGAGUCGGUUCUGAAACCAUAAAGUCGUUCACUGCGGCCUUGGCGCUGCCGACUAUUUCUGGAUCGUUUGGACAAACAGGUGAUUUGCGACAGUGGCGCUUUUUGAACGCCAACCAAACUAAAUAUCUUUUGCAAGUCAUGCCACCCGCCGAUAUUCUACCAGAGUCUAUAAGAGCCGUCGUCACAAAGCAAGACAUAACGAAUGCUGCAAUCAUUUUUGAUGAGUAUUUUGGUACAUUUCCAGUUAUGGAUCACAAAUAUAAAUCGCUCCUUCAAAACAUACCAACUCGUCACGUGAUAACACCAGUCAAGAGCUUCAGUAAGGAAGACAUUAAAACGCAGCUGCGUAGCCUACGCGAAUUGGACGUUGUCAAUUUCUUCAUCGUAGGCAGUUUGAGAACGAUAAAGAAUGUUCUAGACGCCGCCGAUGAAAAUCAAUAUUUCGGCAAGAAGACGGCGUGGUUUGCGUUGUCGUUAGACAAGGGUGACAUAAGUUGCGGUUGUAAAGAUGCCACGAUCGUUUACAUGAGACCGACGCCAGAUGCCAACAGCAGAGAUCGUCUGGGAAAAAUAAAGACAACGUACAGCAUGAACGGCGAGCCGGAGAUAACGGCCGCUUUUUACUUCGACCUGUCUCUCCGGACGUUUUUAGCAGUCAAAUCCCUGUUGGACUCUGGCAAUUGGCCAAACGACAUGAAAUAUAUAACUUGUGACGAAUACGACGGUAAGAAUACUCCUAAUAGGACCUUGGAUCUCAAAACCGCAUUCCGAGAGGUAAAAGAAACUCCAACCUACGCGCCCUUUUACAUACCAGAAGAUGAUCCAAUGAACGGUAGAAGUUUUAUGGAAUUCAACACAGAUCUGUCAGCUGUCACUGUCAAAGAUGGCGCUUCGAUCGGUAGCCGGAACCUUGGUUCUUGGAAAGCGGGACUCUCUAAUCCCUUAAUUUUAACAGACGCUGAUAAUAUGAGCGAUUACUCAGCGCAACUCGUGUACAGAAUUGUUACCGUGGAGCAACAACCAUUCAUUAUAAGAGACGACGAUGCCCCGAAAGGAUUUAAAGGUUAUUGCAUCGAUCUCAUUGAGGAAAUCCGUCAGAUUGUUAAAUUCGAUUAUGAAAUCACUCUAUCACCGGACGGAAACUUCGGUACUAUGGACGAGAACGGCAAUUGGAACGGAAUUAUAAAGGAAUUGGUCGAGAAACGUGCAGAUAUAGGAUUAACAUCCUUAUCGGUUAUGGCGGAAAGGGAGAAUGUAGUCGAUUUUACCGUCCCCUACUACGAUUUGGUCGGGAUAACUAUCAUGAUGAAAUUACCAAGAACUCCCACUUCUUUGUUCAAAUUUCUGACGGUGUUGGAAAAUGAUGUGUGGCUGUCAAUACUUGCCGCGUAUUUCUUUACCAGUUUUUUGAUGUGGGUAUUCGACAAAUGGAGUCCAUACAGCUACCAGAACAACAGAGAGAAGUAUAAGGACGACGAGGAGAAGCGGGAGUUUACAUUGAAGGAGUGCCUUUGGUUCUGUAUGACGUCACUGACGCCGCAGGGCGGGGGCGAGGCCCCUAAGAACCUGUCCGGACGACUGCUCGCCGCCACAUGGUGGUUGUUUGGUUUCAUCAUAAUAGCCUCGUAUACCGCGAACUUGGCCGCCUUCCUGACGGUCUCUCGACUUGACACGCCCAUUGAGUCUCUGGACGACCUCUCCAAGCAGUACAAGAUACAAUAUGCGCCGCUUAACGGUUCCUCUGCGAUGACGUAUUUUGAAAGAAUGGCGCACAUCGAAGUGAGAUUUUAUGAAAUCUGGAAAGACAUGAGUCUGAACGACAGUUUGAGCGAUGUAGAGCGCGCUAAGCUGGCCGUGUGGGAUUACCCUGUGAGUGACAAGUACAGCAAGAUGUGGCAGGCGAUGAAAGAGGCUGGUCUGCCUAACACUAUAGAAGAGGCCAUUGAGAGAGUGCGCGAGUCCAAGAGCUCCAGUGAAGGUUUUGCAUGGCUAGGUGAUGCAACCGAUGUGCGUUAUCACGUACUAACCAACUGCGACCUGCAGAUGGUCGGUGACGAAUUCUCAAGGAAACCUUACGCGAUUGCAGUACAACAAGGCUCACCGUUAAAGGAUCAGUUUAACAAUGCUAUCUUACAGCUACUAAACAAGCGUAAAUUAGAGAAACUGAAGGAAAACUGGUGGAAUAACAAUCCGAUGGCGCGCGCGUGCGAUAAACAAGACGACCAGUCGGAUGGUAUCUCCAUACAGAAUAUUGGGGGAGUGUUUAUUGUGAUAUUCCUGGGUAUCGCGCUGGCCUGCGCCACUCUCGCCGCCGAGUACUGGUGGUACAAGUGGCGACGGCGACCUACCAUCUCUGACGUCACAAGGGUGGAGCCUGCUAAGAUUAUCAGGAACAACGCAGACCCCAGCGGUCCCAAGCCAGAAGGAUUCUCUUUUCGAUCUAGAAACUUAGGAUUAGCUAAUUUCAGGAGAAAGUUUUAACUGCACAAUUUUAAUAUUAUCCGCCUGUUUGAUCUCAAAUAUUAAUUUAGUAAUAUAGUUAGUGUAAUUCAAGACGGGCUCGGAGGAUUUUAAACCUACCCUAUGCGCGGGUAUAAAAAUUAUUCCAACUACCCGCAUUAACGUCAUCUAAUACAUGUGUCCAGGAAAACAUACAAAAACCAUGGUAUCAAUACUAAUAAAUUAAAGGAUUUCCGAAAUACUUAUUCAUGUGAAAUAAUUAGCAAACUUUAGAGGCGUCUAGUGCCCACACGAAGCAACUUCGAGUAGUGGUAAAUUGGAUCAAAUCGUGGUCUUUCCGACUAAGGAAUCUGUGGAAGUCCAUUGUACACGUCUUUCCCGGACCUCCUUUAUAACUGCGAGUUUUAACCUGCAAUUCUAUCUAUAUCGUUUGUACCGAACAGCUAGUGUUUUUUUUAUUCAAAAUCUUAUUAGUAAAGUCUAUGUCUAAUUACACUUGUGUGUUUUGUGCACUAUUAUAUGCGUGAA